CCUUUUCCCCCUCCACUCUCGGCCACCUGAGCGACUGCCAAUCAGUGGAGCGAGAAGCAGGAUUGGAUUUAUAGGAGGAGAAAGUCGCCGGGGAGCCCCCUCUCCCUCCCCCAGCUCCUCCCCCGCCCUCCCUUGGGCCCUGGGAAGGGGCGCAGCGUGGGAAAGGGAUGGUUGAGUUUUAACCAGAGGGCAAGUGCUAGGGGGGAUCAGUGUGUGUGUGUGUGUGUGUGUGUGCAGCUUGAGCAGCGGAGCGCACUGAGGCGCCGCCGCCUCCCGGGUUAACUCCUCCCUGCCCGCCCGUCUUCCCCUCCUGUGCGUGCCGCUGCUGGUGCCUGCUGCGAGCGCCAGCAUGAAGCGUGCGCACCCCGACUACAGCUCCUCUGAUAGCGAGCUGGACGAAACCAUAGAAGUGGAGAAGGAGAGCGCCGAUGAGAAUGGAAACUUGAGUUCCGCUCCUGGUUCCAUGUCCCCAUCAACCUCUUCCCAGAUACUGGCUAGGAAACGUCGCAGAGGCAUCAUUGAGAAACGCCGGCGAGAUCGAAUCAAUAACAGUUUGUCGGAGCUGAGGAGAUUGGUACCCAGUGCUUUUGAAAAGCAGGGAUCUGCUAAACUAGAAAAAGCAGAAAUUCUGCAGAUGACUGUGGAUCACCUCAAAAUGUUGCAUUCAGCAGGGGGAAAAGGCUAUUUUGAUGCUCAUGCUCUUGCCAUGGACUACCGGAGUUUAGGAUUUAGAGAAUGCCUGGCUGAAGUUGCCCGGUACCUUAGUAUCAUUGAAGGGCUGGACACUUCUGAUCCUCUCCGGGUUCGACUGGUGUCUCAUCUCAACAAUUACGCCUCUCAGCGGGAAGCUGCCAAUAGUGCACACACAGGCAUUGGACAUAUUCCCUGGGGCAGUGCCUUCGGACAUCCCCCCCACAUCUCCCAUCCCUUGCUGCUGCCGCCGCCCCCGCCCCAGAAUGGCCACAGCUCCAGCAGCAGCACUCCAGCGUCUUCCACAGAACCGCACCACCAGGGGAGAAUGACAGCGUCCCACGCCGACACCACUUCCUUGAGAGUGCCCCCUAACGGCAGCCUUGGACCCGUGCUCCCUGUGGUGACUGCCUCUUCCAAACUCUCUCCUCCUCUGCUCUCUUCCAUGGCAUCCCUAUCUGCGUUCCCCUUCUCCUUUGGUUCCUUCCACUUAUUGUCCCCGAAUUCACUGAGCCCUUCUGCACCAACACAGGCGACAAACCUUGGCAAGCCUUAUAGACCCUGGGGGACUGAGAUUGGAGCUUUUUAAAGAACUAAAGUUUUAGGAGGGAUGGGGCAAAGCUUAAAAAUCCAGCUGAGCUGGAUUGUUGCCAACUUCACCUUAAGAUCAUAAGUGAAAGUGAAGGAAAAAGGUACAAUUUUAGGUAAAAUUCGUUUAAGAACCUAUAAAAAUUGGAUGGUUUUCUUCUCUUUUGGUUUUUACAUUUUGUAUUAGUUUUUUUUUUUUUUUUAAGUAGUUGUUAAACUUGUCCAAAAUAUUAAAUUGCAGUGGUGGGGAUAAACCAACAUCCUGUGAUGGAUUUGUGCUAAAUGUCUAAUCCAUUUUGUAAACAUGUAUUAUUAUUUCCAAAUUAUUCCACUUUUGCCUGAAAACUUUGGAGCUUUUAAUUUAGUAUUUUGUUAUUUUUUUUCUUGUUUAGAUACAACUUUUUAGAUUUUUUUUUUUUACAAACCACUAUGCUCAACAUUAACAUAAAUUCUGCUUGUGAAUAUUUUGACAGAUUAAGAUGUUCUAUAAAAAAUUACCACUUUUUUGGGAGGGGUAAUCUAUAUUCUGAGUUUUAUAUUCCUGAACAAAGCGUUGACAAAUCAGAACAAUUAGCUUCAUCCAAGAAAAGAAGAAUGGUCUGUGUUUCUCUUGUAGCAGAUGGGUGAAUUUUGUGGAUACUUAAUUUGGUUCCUUGAUCAAAUUGCUGUUGGAGUGUGGUGUGAUUGACAGCUUUCACCUAGGGAAUAACCACUCCUUGCCCAGCAGAAGUGUGAAAUUCAGGAUUUGGUGUCUUAGUGUAAACUAUAGAGGGUGGAAGAAGAGGCAACUGGGAGACUGAAGUUACAGAAUACAAGCUCUCACCAAUAUUAUGAAUGUCUUCGUUCUUCAAAUUCAUCUGAAACCAAUGGAUAAUUAUCCUGGUGUGCUAGCGGUUAUUCAUUCAAAUUAUCCUAUGGAAACAUUCAAUGUUUAAUCUUCUCUUCCCUACUCCUUUCCCUAUGUAUUCUUUUACCUGGAAAACUAUUAUCUGUCACUUUCUGGUGCAUAGAAAUUUGGUUAUUGAGGACUUUAAAAGGGCUCUUCUGCAUUCUUGUUAUGGUUUGUUAAUUUGGUUCCAUCUGUGAAACUAGCAUUUUAAACAGGUUCAUUUCUUUCAAAGGUAUAUUUUUAAAUGACCUCCACUGAAUUCGGUUUGAUCUCUGUUGUAUUGAUGUGUUGUGAUUAAAUAAAAAAAAAAAAGAAAGAAAA